UUCUGCUGUCAUUUAACAGGUGUGCAUUUUGGUUUCCUCCUUGUUUCCUGCUUUUCAAGUAAUUCCCUACCUGUUACCUUCCCUGGUAGCUUCAGGACACGGCCUGUUACAGCAUGUGAUGGAUAGGGGCCCAGUGGUCAAUUGGCUGCUAUAAGUCAGAAUUAGGUAGGGAGUUUUUAAAUCAAGUAGUGAACACCACGGCGUUGAGUUCAGUUAUUAAACUCCAACAUCCAACAGUGCUGGAAGAGGUGAUGGAAAGAUCUCCCAGUUCAUAUUGGGGAAUUAUCGUUUGUUAUCAUAUUGCAAAAGGAAAUACUGGUGUUGAACUCUUGGUUACAGAAGAAUGUGAAUGCAAAGAAUGCAAAAUUUCUUAAAAUUUAAGUUGGUGUCUUCAGUACACAUUAUAAAACGAGAUUUCUUUGCAGGCAUCAUAUAAGUAUUGUGAAGCAGGGUGGAGAAUAUUUUCAUAUCCUUCACCAAGAAUCACUGGAGCAGAGGAAAGCAUUGAAAGCACAAAAGUCUCAGGUGGCGAGAUGGAGAACUGACUUCCAGCCAUGCACAUACUCUUCUGAGGUAGAGGUGUUAGAUGAAGAAAUGAACAUUUCCUCUCCAAUAGAAGGCAGCCACCCAAAAAAAUCAGGGAAGAAGAAAAAAAAGAUCACCUUAUGGUCUUAUGCUCCCGUUUAUACCAGUGUCCUGAUUCCAAGACCUUCUGAAGCACAAAGUGAAUGUCUUUUCCGCCAGCUGUGUGCCAUACAUUGGCUUCUGGAAGCUCUGACUCUUGAAUCCAGCAGUUCAAUGCAUUCUAUACUAUCCUGCUGGAAUCUAACGGACCCUGGUGGCUUUAAAAAAUCAGUGAAGGAAAUCGAAGAGGAAAAGUUUGCAACAUAUAUGUGGGAACUCUUUGUUAUGAACACAAAGAAAUACAUGCGGAAAGCACGGCGCAUCCCUUUUAGGAGGCAGACAAACAAGGCAGCUGCUCCAGCCAGCUCUCAGCUCAGCAGUCAGUCAUCUCACGGUCAGACCCCUCUCAGCAGUGUAAAUUCUCUUGUGCUUUGCUCUGAAGACAACGUCAACCUGAGCGGAGCUUUGGCCAGUGUUACGAGCGUGUCAAUGCAAACUAAAGAACAACAAUUUUUCCCCUAUUGUUUUUCAUCAGCCCCACAGAAGCAGAUGCAGAGAACACACGUGAAGGCAUCAAAAGAUGUCCACGAACAAGCAGACAUGCUUACGACUGGACUUCAGAGCUGCCAUAUCAGCCAUUUCAUUAAAAGCAAAUCUAAUCUGUGUGCUGAGACAAGGCACCAGUUCAUGGCAAUACGUGAAGAAGCAGCUUGUUGUUUGCAUGAUGCUCUGGAGAGCCUUGAGAGGAGCCAGGAAGAGCGAUGCUGUAAAAAAUACCUGGCUUUGAAACAACUGAAGUACUUUAAAAAGGACAUGGAAAGAAUAAGACAGCUGGACGUGAGAGUUGAAAGAGAACAUGAUGAAAAUGGGCCUAAAUGGUUUCCUGCAUUGCUGGCCAGGCUGCCAGAGCCUGUGAAAAAUGACCAUUAUGUCAAGAAAAUCUUAAAGAAACUGGAGAAAUUCGGCAUGGCUCCUGAUCUGCACAUUGAUCAGGACACCUUCCUUAAGGCUGUGACUGAUCUCCAGCUGUGGGAGCUGUGCUCUCCUGAUGUCGCUGCUGCUGUGGAGUUUGUACGUGAAAGUAUUGUACAGAUGCCAGAAGAGGAUUUCAGUGAGUGGUUCCAGGCAAGAGUAGACCCUCUCCAUGAACAAUCCUCUACCUUUUAAUCAGAUGGACAGCUGAGAUGGUUUUCCAGUUACAAUUGUCAUGCUUCAAGCAGAAAACUCCCUGCUAUUGAGAUUUGCAUCAUGGAAGACUGGGGAAGGAGAAUAAACUUUGGGAAAUCCUACUGACCACCCUUGCACGUCUGAAAUUUGCCCCUGCACAAUUUGGCUGUGGUCAGCCACAGAGAAUAAAAGCUACAUGACUUCUUCCUGUGUGAUGUCUUGGACUCACCAUCAAACUUCAAUCUCUCCUAACCAAUUAGAAUCAUAUAAUCACCAAGGUUGGAAAAGAUCUCCAGGAUCAUCGGUCCAACCACCCACCACCUCCCUGGGCAGCCCAUUCCAGCACCUGGAGAAGUAUUUCCUAAUGUCCAACCUAAAUGCCCCUUGAUGCAACUUAAGGCCAUUCCCUUUAGUCCUGUCUCUAGUUAUAUGGGAUUUACAUUUAGGAUGAAGGCUUGGUUCCUAGUCACAGGGCAGGUGACUUCUUCACACAUUUCUCCAGCAGAGCCUACGUUACAGCAAGCAUCUUCUCAUUGCAGUUACACGUAUUGCCAUAUCUAAGUAGCACUGACUCUGACUGCUCUUCACUUUACCUCCCAUUUACAAAAUAAAAUAAAUAAGUUGGUUGGUUUUAAGUUUUAAUACAGUUCUUUUUUUGCUCUAAUUCUUUUCAGUACUUUGGAUGUUUUGUUUUCGGUUGAGUUAACUUUGUAGUUAUUCUGUGAUUAUGGCUUAACUUCUUGCCUUAUUAAUAUCAAUAUUGAAAAGCCAAGAAUCCUUAGACGCAUUUCUGAGAUUUUCACUUCACUAAUUCACUAAUUAACUUUCCACUAAUUACUUUUGCAUAUAUUCUCCAUUACUCUCCUGUAUGAGACAUUAGAAUGACACCCCUGAACUCAGAGAUGGUCAUAUUCCAAGAGCUUUGUGAAUCUGUUGGAUGAUCUCUUUGAUGGUGGGUCACAAUUACUAGAUGAUGGGAUCAGUGAUCCAAUGGCCUUCUAAGCUGAUGAUCUUAAUAAGCUGCUUAUCUUCCUGUCAGAGCUUCCAGAGAACCCAUUGGGCUGAAAGGCAGUUCCUUCUGCCAUAAUAAGAGAAAACAACACCAGUUCAGGAUGCAGAGUGAAAUCCACAAAUUGCUUGGUCUUACAGCUACUAGGAA